AUGGUGCGGAAGCUCAAGUACCACGAGCAGAAGCUGCUGAAGCGGCUGGAGCUGGUGAGCUGGGAGGCGGCGGCGGGCAGCUUGGCGGAGGUGCGGGCGCUGCGGCGCUACCGCGUGGGGCGGCGGGAGGACUACGCGCGCUACAAGGCGCUGAGCCGCGCCGUGCGCGCCCUGGCGCGCCGCCUCCGCGACCUGGGCCCCGCGGGCGGCGCCUUCCGCGCGCGCUGCGCCGCGGCGCUGCUGGAGAAGCUCUACGCCAUGGGGCUGGUGAGCUCCCGGCGCUCGCUGGCCCUCUGCGAGCGCGUCUCGGCCGCCGCCUUCUGCCGCCGCCGCCUGCCCUGCCUGCUGCUCAAGCUGCGCAUGGCGCAGAACCUGCGCGACGCCGUGGCCUUCGUGGAGCAGGGCCACGUGCGCCUGGGGCCCGAGGUGGUCACCGACCCCGCGCUCCUGGUCACCCGCGCCAUGGAGGACUUCAUCACCUGGACCGACGCCUCCCGCCUCCGCCGCAAGGUCCUCGACUACAACCAGGAGCGCGACGACUUCGACCUGGCCGCCUAGACACCGCCGACACCAUCCACACGACCGGACCUCCACCACCAAACUCGACCAGACAUCCACCACCAAACUCGACCGGACCCCUGCACCAGACACUGCUCACCGCGACGCUCUCCGGCCCAUCCCGAGCCGCUCUCCAGUCUGCAUAGCGGUGGGACACUCUCUGCUGCCUCCCAGAAAUAAACCAGGAUGAACUCUCUCCA